GUGACCAGAUCAUGGAGACCCUGCUUGGUGGCUUGCUGGCGUUUGGCAUGGCGUUUGCUGUGGUCGACGCCUGCCCCAAGUACUGUGUCUGCCAGAACCUGUCUGAGUCACUGGGGACCCUGUGCCCCUCCAAGGGGCUGCUCUUCGUGCCCCCGGACAUCGACCGGCGCACGGUGGAGCUGCGCCUGGGCGGCAACUUCAUCAUCCACAUCGGCCGCCAGGACUUCGCCAACAUGACGGGGCUGGUGGACCUGACGCUGUCGCGGAACACCAUCAGCCACAUCCAGCCCUUCUCCUUCCUGGACCUGGAGAGCCUGCGCUCCCUGCACCUGGACAGCAACCGGCUGCCCAGCCUCGGGGAGGACACGCUCCGCGGCCUGGCCAACCUGCAGCACCUCAUUGUCAACAACAACCAGCUGAGCGCCAUCGCCGACGAGGCCUUCGAGGACGUCCUGCUGACGCUGGAAGACCUGGACCUCUCCUACAACAACCUCCACGGCCUGCCCUGGGACGCCGUGCGCCGCAUGGUCAACCUCCACCAGCUGAGCCUGGACCACAACCUGCUGGAGCACAUCGCCGAGGGCACCUUCGCCGACCUGCAGAAGCUGGCCCGCCUCGACCUCACCUCCAAUCGGCUGCAGAAGCUGCCACCGGACCCCAUCUUCGGCCGCUCUCAGGCCUCCCUGCUGACCGCCACCCCCUUUGCCCCACCCUUGUCCUUUAGCUUUGGGGGGAACCCCUUGCACUGCAACUGUGAGCUGCUCUGGCUGCGGAGGUUGGAGCGCGAGGACGACUUGGAGACGUGCGGCUCCCCGGGCGGCCUCAAGGGCCGCUACUUCUGGCACGUGCGCGAGGAGGAGUUCGUGUGCGAGCCGCCACUCAUCACCCAGCACACGCACAAGCUCCUGGUCCUGGAGGGCCAGGCGGCCACCCUCAAGUGCAAGGCCAUCGGGGAUCCCAGCCCCCUCAUCCACUGGGUGGCCCCCGAUGACCACCUGGUGGGCAACUCGUCGCGGACGGCCGUGUACGACAACGGCACCCUGGACAUCCUCAUCACCACGUCUCAGGACAGCGGAGCCUUCACCUGCAUCGCCGCCAACGCGGCCGGAGAGGCCACGGCCGCCGUGGAGGUGUCCAUUGUCCAGCUGCCGCACCUCAGCAACGGCACCAGCCGCGUGGCGCCCCCCAAGUCCCGCCUCUCGGACAUCACAGGCUCCAGUAAGACCAGCCGGGCAGGGGGCGGCAGUGGGGCCGCGGAGCCUCCCAAAAGCGCCCCGGAGCGGGCUGUGCUGGUGUCCGAAGUGACCACCACCUCCGCCCUGGUCAAGUGGUCGGUCAGCAAGUCCGCCCCGCGGGUGAAGAUGUACCAGCUGCAGUACAACUGCUCCGACGAUGAGGUACUGAUUUACAGGAUGAUCCCAGCGUCCAGCAAGGCCUUCGUGGUCAACAACCUGGUGUCGGGGACUGGCUAUGACCUGUGCGUGCUGGCCAUGUGGGAUGACACGGCCACCACGCUCACGGCCACCAACAUCGUGGGCUGUGCCCAGUUCUUCACCAAGGCCGACUACCCGCAGUGCCAGUCUAUGCACAGCCAGCUCCUGGGCGGCACCAUGAUCCUGGUCAUCGGGGGCGUCAUCGUGGCCACGCUGCUGGUGUUCAUCGUCAUCCUCAUGGUGCGCUACAAGGUCUGCAACCACGACGCCCCCAGCAAGAUGGCAGCCGCCGCCGUCAGCAACGUGUACUCGCAGACAAACGGGGCCCAGCCACCCCCCAUGGGCAGCGCGCCUGGUGGGGGACCCCUGCCAGGACCGCCCAAGGUGGUGGUGCGGAGUGAGCUGGUCGAGUUCAGUGCCAGCCUGGCCCGGGGCAGCGACUCCUCUUCCUCCAGUUCCCUGGGCAGCGGGGAACCGACGGGACUGGGACGGGGUCCCUGGAGGCUCCCACCUCCUGCCACGCGCCCCAAGCCCAACCUUGACCGCUUGAUGGGGGCCUUUGCCUCCCUGGACCUCAAGAGCCAGAGAAAGGAGGAGCUGCUGGACUCCAGGACUCCAGGCGGGAGCGGGUCGGCCACAGCUGCCAGGGGCCACCACUCGGACCGAGAGCCCCUGCUGGGUCCCCCCGCAGCCCGGGCCAGGAGUCUGCUCCCCUUGCCCCUGGAGGGCAAGACCAAACGCAGCCACUCCUUUGACAUGGGAGACUUCGCAGCUGCCGCAGCUGGAGGGGUUGCCCCUGGUGGCUACAGCCCCCCUCGGAGGGUCUCGAACAUCUGGACAAAGCGCAGCCUCUCUGUCAAUGGCAUGCUCUUGCCUUUUGAGGACAGUGACCUGGUGGGGGCCAGGGGGACAUUCGGCAGCUCUGAGUGGGUCAUGGAGAGCACUGUGUAGGCCUGGGGGCUGGGGCCGGGUGGACACUCUCUCACCCAUCCUCCUAGGAUGGACAAGGGGAAAGAGUCCUUACUGGCAAGUCUUUGUGGGGUUUCCAUGGUGAUGUUUACAUCCAGGUACAGCUUCCUCUCCCUGUCAAAACCCUCUUUGCCCACAUACCACCCACAGCACCCUCCCUGGCCCGUCCCUCCCCCCCAAACCCCCCUAAUCACCACCACCACCCACCCACCACUCAGGGAAAGUGGACUUGCUGGAAUGUGGGACUGACCCCCGAGUGUUUGGAAAGGCCAGACGCCUGCCUUUCCCACCACAAAUGGAGCUGAUGAGCAAGUGGCUACGGAUUGCUGAUGGUCCCAGUAUUGUUUGAUUUCAUAAUUAUUUUGGUUUUUCUUUUUCCAUCUCCUGGACUCCUCUUCAUUCACACACAGGUAAUCAAGAGUUUGCCCCACAUAGGAAAGGUCCGUUCCCAGUGGGUACCAGUGCACAGAGGACGGGGAUGGUACUGGUUCCACCCCUGCCCAGACCCCUUGUGGUUCCCAACCACCCACAUACCUGAUGCCUGGCUCAGUUCCCUUUGCUUCUCAACCAUACCCUAAGUCAUCCCAUCAGCUUCACCGGAAGGAGAAGACCUAAGACUUCCUGGGGUGGGGACUAUAGGGAUAAGGGAGCUGAGGGCUUGGAGUUGCAUAUGGAGUUUCGCCUCUUAUGGGCAGCAGGGACAGGGUGGCUUCAUGGACAGGUGCGCUAGGCCAAGAAAAGCUGUGGGGGGUGACAGAGAGAGCUCUGUAUUUGUGGUCAAAGCUCAGAAGUUGGGAUUCAGAGCCUCAACUCACUAACCAGAUGGACAACUUGGGUAAGGUUCAUUUCUUAAGCCCUCUGUUUCCCAGUUCAGAAAAUACUGAGGUUGUACUAGAGGGUCUCUAGUUCCCUUCCAAUAAGUAACAACUUCCUCUUGAUUCUGAACAUUGUGGUCACCAGCUCAGGGCUUCCUGGGGGGCAAGCUAGUGGAAAAGCAUUUUCCUAGCCUUCUGACUGGUCCGGACUCAACGCAAACCACUGCCAGUUGAGUAGCCUCCUCCUACUGACCCCAGAGGAGGAUAGAAUAAGACUGUCCUAGAGAGUUUCCAAGAGUUGUAAUCAUUUAUGCAGGACCCCUAGUGGUGCUUCAGAA